AUAGUUGAGAACGUCAAUUGGAACAAAAGAGACUUUUCCUGAGUUUUAGCAACAACAAAAAAAGUUUCCAUUUUCCCCUUUAGAAGCUUCGGUGCGCGCAAUCCCUUUUGCACAUAAGAAACAUUGCUGGUGGUCAUAAAGUAUUGUGAUUAAUAUGCGAUCUUUUUCGCUUUUUCUCAUCCUUAUCCUCCUCAUGGUGGGCAGUGAUGGUGUCUACAGGUACAAACGACGCGAACGAUGUCCAAAGGUGAAAGCCAUGAGGAACUUUGAGCUGUCCGAAAUGAUGGGGCAUUGGUUUGUGAUUCAGUACUUUGCCUCCACCGAGGAAGCCCCCGAGUAUUCCUGCAUGCGGAGUGUCUUUAGCUUCUCCCACGACGAUCUAACCGUGACAAUGAACUUCACGUACAUUUAUGCCGAUGAUCCAUUCCAUGAGAUUCAGCAGGGGAAUAUAACGUGGAUCAUACCCGAUUUUGCAACAUCUGCACAUUGGGUGCAUGCUGAGGAUAUUUAUGAAGGAAUUUACAACACUUACAUAAUUGACACUGAUUACAAGUCAUGGACACUGAUAAUGCACUGCGCUGAGAAGACUAAAGACCCACCGAGAUACCUAUCGGCCCUGCUGCUGUCGCGAGAGCAGCAACUUGGAGUCAAUGUGAUUAAUUUCUUGAGGGAGAAACUACCGAGGUACGACAUUGAUAUCUCUUUCAUGUUCCCAAUUGAUCAGGGGAAAUGUGACGAAAGUGGCUCCAAAUCAACGGGACUUGGUGUUGAGCAACCGAUGAAAGUAAUCCACAAAUAAUUCCGCUUCUUCGUUAAUUCGCUCAUUUUCACUCGAUGUACCAAAUCUUUUUUCGUUUGAAAUUCUUUCGUGCGCUCUAUAAGCAUGGUUCAGGCAUUAUAUACACCAAAGAGCUUUGCCAAAUGUUAUGUACAUAUACACAUUAAAUGUUCUCGUGGUAAUUGAUCCCUCCCCAUUCAGCACAAUUUCAACUUUCUUCGCUAUAAGUUUUUUUUUCUUUCUUUUUCCUUUUCUUUGGCUCUUUUUUUCACUUCUAUAUCCCAUGAGUCAUUUUGCAAAGAGCACUUAAAAUUGAUUCCAUCGCAAUUGUCCAUAAGAAUGUGAAAUAAAUUGUGGGAGAAAUUUUGUGGGAAUUUAAUGAAAAUUUAUGAGAGCAAAUUUAGAAGUUUUUUUUCUGUGUAUUUGCAAAUAUACGCUGUAGUAUAUUUAUUUAUUUGUUUUUUUUUUAAUAUGAUAGACUUUUUCCUAUUAGAAAAUGUUGCUUUUGUGUUAUUUUUUCCGUAUGUUGAAUAUUUCUUUGUAGCUGAUUUGCCAGCCAUUUAAUUACCAAUCUUCUUUAAAAUAUUUAGUCAAUUUUAAUAAAACUUUAUACUUUAUUUUUAUGAAUUUAAACCCAAUAAGAAAAUUAUGAAAAUUCACGAGAAUAAAUCCGGAGCAAUCCAAUAAUUUUCUCAAAAACAUUUUCACUAAAGUUCUCUUUAACUGCAAUGAAACUGCUUCCUGAUUGAGUGAAAGAAAUGAAAAUAAAUCCCUAUCAUCACGUUAGUUCAAGCUUAAGAGCUUAAAUUAAAGUUCUUAAACAAAAAAAAAUGACAUGUAAAAUAUUUUUUAUUUAAUAUAUAAAAUAAUAAAUAAACGUGAAUUUAUUUAUGGGAUUCCCCAAAUUACCACGAAUCAUCUAAUAGGGAUAAAGUUUAAAGCUUCUGGUAAAGACUUUGCAUUGAGAUCAAAAUAUUAAGAAGGAAAUGAAACAUGAGGUAAAACCUUGGAAAUCGUAUUGAAUUUACCGAAGAAGAUUGGAUUGGGAUGAUCUUUAAUUUUAGAAAAAAAUAUCUUUUAAUUCCACUUUAAAGGUCUCAAAGUUCUUAUUUGAAUAAUCUAAAUUGAUUCUUUGCUAUUAUAAUUUAAAAAAAAAAAUCUAUGAAGAGCAGAAGAAAUCUCAGAUGUAAUUGUCAGAAAUAAAAAGAUAAAUUCCUUUAAGUCAAAACAAUUUAAAAUGUUUUAACAAUCACCUGUAAUUGCUUAUAUUCUCUGUGACCUUUGUAGUUGAUAAAAAGAUUAUACUGUCCAACUGCUUAAGUUUUUACUAGAAAGUGAAUAAAGAGCAAUAUAAAGCUU